UUUGGUUGCAGAUAAUCUGAUUCACAGCAAACACGUCUUGUCCCACGUUUCACAGACUCACAGUGCCAUUUGCCUAUUAAUAAGCUUCCACGAUCCCCCGCAUCAGCCCGCUCGACAAUCACCUGUCGCAAGCCAACAUGUCUUGGAAGUUGUCACUGCUCGCGCUUCAGGGACUCGCGCUUCAAGCGCUGGGCGCCGGGCGUGAUCCAAAUCCUCCCUUCUCCUUCAACCCGAACCUGCUCCCGCUUCAAGAGAAUGCUGGCACGGAGGGCUUGUUCCCCAUGGCGGACUGUGUUGGGUUCAAACUCGAGGAGGCUACGAUUAACGACAUGCGACAGGCCUUGGAGGAUGGCCAGCUCACGUCAGUCGAGUUAGUUGCCUGCUACCUCACGAGGACAUAUCAGACGCAAGAGUAUAUCAAUUCUGUCCUCCAGGUGAACCCUGAUGUGUUCGCCAUUGCCGCGCAGCGUGAUGCGGAGCGCAAGAAAGGCAACGUUCGUGGCCCCUUGCACGGCAUUCCCUUCACCGUCAAGGACAACAUUGGCAGCAAGGACAGCAUGGAAACCACCGCCGGUAGCUGGACGAUUCUUGGCAACAUUGUUCCCCGCGAUGCACACGUCGUGAAGAAGCUGCGCGACAGCGGCGCUGUUCUGUUUGCCAAGGCGACUCUGAGUGAGUGGGCGGACAUGCGCAGCAACGACUACUCCGAGGGGUACUCAGCUCGAGGAGGCCAGGUCCGAAGCUCGUACAACUUCACCGUGAACCCUGGCGGCAGCUCGUCCGGCUCGGCUGUUGGCGUCGCGGCCAACGCGAUAGCCUUCUCACUUGGCACCGAGACCGACGGCAGUGUCAUCAACCCGGCCAACAGGAAUGCUCUCGUCGGCUUGAAACCCACGGUUGGCCUGACAUCAAGAGCCGGUGUCAUCCCGGAGAGCGAGCACCAAGACUCAGUUGGUGUACUUGCUCGCACCGUCACGGACGCCACUCUUGUACUCGACGCCAUCUACGGAGUCGACAAGCGCGACAACUACACUCUGGCACAGAAGGGAAAGACGCCUCCCUGCGGCUAUGCGCCCUAUCUGACGAACAAGACAGCUCUGAAGGAUGCUGUCUUUGGCUUGCCCUGGGAGAGCUUCUGGGUCUAUGCCGACGACGACAUGAAGAGCCAACUCCUCGACCUCUUGGAUCUCAUCAAGUCUGCUGGUGCCACCAUUAUCAACGGCACGGAAAUCACCAACUAUGAAAUCUUGGUCUCGCCCGAUGGCUGGAACUGGGACUAUGGCACCACGCGCGGCUACCCAAACGAAUCCGAGUACACCUACAUCAAGGUCGACUUCUACCGUAACGUUGAAACGUACUUGUCGGAGGUGAACAACACAAACGUCAAGAACCUAGCCGACAUUGUUCAGUACAAUGAAGACUUUGAUGGUUCAGAGGGCGGCUUUCCAUACGCAGAUGGCAAGGGUAUUCCCGCCUUUGCGUCAGGCCAGGACGGCUUCCUCGCGUCUCUAGCGACAAAUGGCGAGCGGAACGAGACAUACUGGCAAGCGUUGAAUUUUUGCCAGACCUCCUGCCGCCAGGGUAUUGACGACGCCCUCUCCUACAACGGAAAGCAGCUCUCGGGGCUGCUCGUGCCACCACAGGUUGCACAGGCACCACAGAUCGCAGCACAGGCUGGCUACCCCGUCAUCACGAUUCCAGGUGGUUACUCAGCUGAUUCAGGCAUGCCCUUUGGCCUCGGCAUCAUGCAAACAGCCUGGGCGGAGGACAAGCUGGUGAAGUGGGCCAGUGCCAUCGAGGACUUGCAACGAUCGACUGAUGCGCCUUCAAAGCGUAGGCUGCCCAAGUGGCUCGGGUACCUCGAGCGCAACAUUCCCGUGCCUUUCUGAUCCAAGCCAGCCAGCCAGCCCACUAAGAUGGCUAUUGUAACUUUGCUCAUACUUCAUGGGUUCCUUUGAUAUUUGCUCACACCCUAUAUGCAGACCCAGAACGUCAUUCAUAUACACAUGUACGUCAUCUGGAGGGCACUCCAUAGCAAGAAUUGAUUAUUUAUACGUAAACGCAAGCCAAUAUCAUGCUU